AUGUAACUUCUGACUGAUUGGGAGAGCACGGAGCGUCUGGAAAGCCUGGACUCCAUCUCUCGUGAAGGAUCUGCUCGCACGGUGUUCUGUUCAAAGUGGACACACAGGAACGAACAAGGAUCAGACAGAUUGUAUAUUCUUUUUGGGAUAACAUUGCUUUACUCGAUGGAUUUUGGCUCAGUGUUUUUUGUCUUUAUGUGUUAAUCUCUGUGGAUGUUAUAGUGUCUCAUCUCAGUCUGAAUGAAGCUUUCUUUUUGGAUUUUCAACAGACCGACACUGUUUCUGGGUGACUGAAGAUUUUUAAAGGCUACUUGUAAAGUCGCGCGCUUUAAUUGUAUCACCGUUAUUCUAUGAGCUUUUUUCAUAUUAUUAAAUUGUAACUUGUACUUUAUUUUGUCAAACAAUGCUGCAGUUUUCCUGAAGGUGCGUUAGUAAUUAACGAGACUAAAUAGUGCGGUUCAAUUGUCGCUGAGAAAAUAGGAAAGUUGGGCGCUCAAAGUUUCAGAGACUAUCGACAUGGCUAUGGUGGCGUGGAGAAACACCGAGGGCGUCGGGGACUCUCAGGGGACCCUCUCCUCCCCGGUGUCCCAGGUUGCUCCUCUGUCUCUGCCCGGGGAGCUUUCGGGACACAUGAACCCGGCGUCUUCUCUGGAAAUACCCCAGGCAGCAGCAGCACACCAGGGCGCACCGCUGCCCAAUCCGUCCAGCACCACUACUACCACUACCACCAACAACAACAACAACACAUCCUCUUCCUCUUCUUCCUCCUCGUCCAUGGACAAACAGCAGAACCAGCAGAUCGAAUGCAUCGUGUGUGGGGAUAAAUCCAGCGGGAAGCACUACGGACAGUUCACAUGUGAAGGAUGUAAGAGCUUCUUUAAACGCAGCGUCAGGAGGAACCUGUCAUACACCUGCAGGGCCAACAGAAACUGUCCCGUGGACCAGCACCACCGUAACCAGUGCCAGUACUGUCGCCUCAAGAAAUGCCUCAAAGUCGGCAUGAGGAGGGAAGCUGUGCAGAGAGGCAGACUGCCCACCCAGUCUUACCACGGCCAGUUUGCUCUGACAAACGGAGACCCUCUGCAGUGUCACUCCUAUUUAUCGGGAUACAUCUCUCUCCUGCUGCGGGCCGAGCCCUACCCGACCUCCAGGUUCGGCUCUCAGUGCCUGCAGAGCAACAACAUCAUGGGCAUCGAGAACAUCUGUGAGCUGGCGGCCAGGAUGCUCUUCAGCGCCGUGGAGUGGGCCCGCAACAUCCCUUUCUUCCCGGACCUGCAGGUGACGGACCAGGUCGCUUUGCUCCGCCUGACAUGGAGCGAACUGUUCGUGCUGAACGCCGCCCAGUGCUCCAUGCCCGUUCACGUCGCCCCGCUGCUGGCCGCCGCAGGGCUCCACGCCUCCCCGAUGUCUGCGGACCGGGUGGUUGCCUUCAUGGACCACAUCCGAGUCUUCCAGGAGCAGGUGGAGAAGCUCAAGGUGCUGCACGUGGACUCAGCAGAGUACAGCUGCAUCAAGGCCAUCGUGCUGUUCACAACAGAUGCUUGUGGUCUGUCGGACGUGGGGCAUGUGGAGGGUCUGCAGGAGAAAUCCCAGUGUGCUUUAGAGGAGUACGUGAGGAGCCAGUACCCCAACCAGCCUAGCAGGUUUGGGAAGCUACUGCUUCGCUUGCCGUCCCUCCGCACCGUCUCUUCUUCUGUCAUAGAGCAGCUUUUCUUCGUGCGACUGGUGGGGAAAACACCCAUAGAAACUCUGAUAAGGGACAUGCUGCUGACCGGGAGCAGCUUCAACUGGCCUUACAUGCCUAUUCAAUAGAAGGAACAGGCCACAGUGCUGCUUCUAAGGUCAGAAAAAUGUCCCACACCUCAAAUCAAGUCAUUUCAGUACGCCGUAAAAUCUCUGUUGCUUCAGAACAAGGAAAAAACACUGCCAGUGCUAUGAGAUAAUUAUAGACAUUUCCAAUGUAAAAAUAAGAUCUCAAUUUAUGAUAUUCUCACACCACCUGCAAUACCAGAGGAGUUAUCCGCCUUACGCUGCAUUGUGUCCCCAUGUUUCUAGAAAAAUGUUCCUGAAAUAAAUUCACCCACCUUACCGACGUUUUGCCCACUGGCAGAUUUUUUUGUACUUGUUCGGGAAAAACUAUAUUUGACAAAAUGAAAUGACUGCUAAUGACGGACUUUUUUUCUUUUGCUGUGUGGUGACAUCUCACCGUCUUUGGUUUUUGGGAUAACAAUCAAUAUUUAUUGGACCCUGUGUGUAUAUUUAUCGUGCUUAUAAAUUAUGUUUUGGUUCCUUUUUUAAAUGUUUUCCGUAUUUUUUUGCCCCGGCAAGUGAGAAAACUGCAGGGAUUGUCUCGUCUGUUGUGUUUUUAUUGUUUUUUGUUUCAUACCUUCCAGACAUGGCACUUUUAAAAUAAAGGAACAUUUUUAGAAAGAUUUAACGCAGGUGUUUGGAACCCAACAUCAUCUGACUUUAACCUAUUGGCUUAAUUGUGUACAGACCGAAUAGUGAGAUUAAUGCUCCGUUUGCAUUAUGGACAUAGGCAGAAUGGAAAGGACAAGAGCAAAACAAUAUAUUUGGAUAAUGCACUUCCCACGAUCAGUGUUAGGUUGCUCCAAGUAAUGCAUUACUCCUUUCAUAUGUAAUAUCAUUACGUCCUCACAUUAGUAUUUCCAUAAAAAAAAAAUCCACAUUACUUAAUAUCUGCGUUUUUUUUACCUUUGAAAAUCAAUAUUUUUAAGUUCUCCUUUGACAACGUCACAUUUCUCAUCAAAGUAGUAAAUAGUGACACUCAGAGAAAUAGAACUCUUCUGUUAUUUCUCACAAAGAUGAUGACAUGUGGCAAAAUAGAUAAAGGGAAGGAAUAUUAGAUAGCUGUACAAUAUUCAUUUUUUUCUUAUUUAGCGGAGUUAAAGGGGGUUAUAAUCCUAUUCUUUUGACUGGUAACUUGUUACAGGGAAAGUCAUGUUAUUACUAUAAUGGAUUAAUGAUUAAUGCAUUACAAAACCUUCAUUUAUUUCUUUUACACUGACUGUCUCCAAGAGAUUUUAAAAGCACUGGGCCCAAUGUAUUCUGUAACUACAGUCUCCUAUUGAACACUACACAGACUUCCAGUGCAAGCACAAAUUGUAUUUCAAUAUAAUUUUCAUGCAUUUAUGAGCCCAGGCCGCUUAAAUGGCACAAUAGACCACUGCAGGGUAUUGCUGAACUGAAAGAGUGUGUGUGUGUGUGUGUGUGUGUGUGUGUGUGUGUGUGUGUGUGUG